CAGGCUCCACGCCGCGGGACUGCCCCAGCUCCAUGCCGUGUCACAGCUCGCGACAGGCACCACGCACCGACAGAGGCUCCCAAGAGACAAGGUGUCGCGCAGUGGCAGGCCCCGCGCUGCAGCACUGCACGACCGUCACGCCGCGGAAUUACCCGCGGCCAGCGCCACGACCCCAGCAGAACGCGCCCAGGCAGACCCUCCACGCCGCGCCGCGUCUCAGACGCCCUCCACGCCGAGCCACAUACUCCAUGCCACGGCACGAGAGGCACAUGCUCCUCGCGUCGUGGCACUCUCUCCUAUAUGUAUAUGUGUAUGGGACUUCAACAGAAAGUUAUCUCUCCUUCGAGGGAUGAAAAACCUAGCCUGCACGCAUCGCCAUACUCGUUCUUCUCCAUUUUUCUUUCCAAAAACUCCACAUUUCACCUUGAUUUCUUGAUUGCUUUUGGUUUAAGCUUAAGGUUAAACCAAGAGGGAGCCAAGCCAAAAGGCGGGAAGAUCGAACAUUCAGGGAAUCGACCAGGCAAGUGGUCGACCAGUCCACUGCACGACCAGACAAACGAUCGAGCAACCCAUCGCUCGACCAGAUACAUGAUCGAGCAACCUACUCGACCUCAACAGGUCGAUCGCUUCGAGGAACUAACAGUCGGCCUAGUCAUAGGCGCGUGUAUCACGGGCGCGCGUAAGAGCCUCCAACUGA